UUACUUAGGGCUUAAAGAGGUUUGAAAACGAAUAGUGAAGUGCAGGAACUUAUCAAAACAAUAGACUACAAUUUUUAAUUGAAGACACUUUAUAGCUCGGUUGUUGUAUUCCUGUUCACCACUCAGCACCCAAUGUGUUAUCAGGGCAUAAUCUGACUGAUUUCCAGUCGUUUCCGACAGAAGAGCUGAAAUCAUAAACAAUCUCAGCAGAAGUCGUAUUAUGUCGCUCAAUGGGUGGUGUAUUUUGAAAAGCCCUAAUAGCAGCAGUACAUGAAAAUAUUUAAUAAGGCGCACAGUUUGUAGCUUGCCAAAGGCUUUGUUGACUUCACCAAGCUCUCCAUUAUUUUUGCAGGUUUGUUUGCGGACACCUUUUCCUCUCGUGCUCAGACAAAAAACGAGAAGAGAGGAUCUUUUAACACUUGUGACAGCGUCCAUUCCUGAGGGUUUGAAGCCAUGUUUUCCUUGUUAUUUCUCAUCGCAACACUUACCAAGUUCGCCCCGGAAACUGAAGCCAUAUUUCUCCCUUACUGGUCGAAAAGGAAUCACUCUGAAACUUCCUUCCACAUCCCGUUCCCUACACUGGCGCUGGACAAUUCUCCGAGGCGAAGUAAAAAGCUACAGCAUUACUUUGACCUGGCGACGAACUACUCCCUAGACUACCGCUGUGCAACUGGAUUGCCCAUAUCCAUCGCUUGGCACGUGUACUCCCCAUACACCACCGUCUAUCAAACCAAGAACAAAGGGAGCACGGGUCUAACGGUUGACGGCAUGUUUCCGGGCAUUCUGAAGGCUGCUUUGUCGGGCUGUUGUAAUAAGAACUCUGACGUUUUGUUUGGAAAACUUUCUAAGUCUGUAAGGAGCGUAGAGAACGACAUUGAAAAGGACAGGUUUGAUUUGACGUUUCCUAUCUACGGAUACGACAACUCAGAUAUAUUCAGGGACCGGCCGUUCAUCAGUAUUGUCAAGGCACCUCGUGUUAUUCUUCUUGUGCACAAUGACCAACCCGACAAGACUCAAACUCACGUUCUGAUUACAACAAUAGCCAACGCCUGGCCAAUGCUGGUGUUUAUACUCGUUACAGCUUCACUCUCUGGGAUUAUCAUUUGGUUUCUGGAUCACACCAGCAACCCUGGAGAAUUCCCGCCACCAUUUCUACGAGGUUCCUGGGAAGGCUUUUGGUGGGCACUUGUUACUAUGACAACUGUGGGGUAUGGUGACCGUUCUCCUAAGUCAGCCCUUGGUCGUGUGUUCUGUAUUCUGUGGAUUAUAACAGGUGUUAUCAUCAUAUCGAUUUUUACAGCCCUGGUGACAGCUUCGUUAUCUGCCAGUACCGUGCAGAUUUUUAAAAUUCACGGUUCAAAGAUCGGAGCAGUGAAUGGGAGUGAGGAGUUCAAACUUGGUGUGACCAUGAAUGCUGACAUGAAAGUUUUCCCUCACGUGAUGAAAAUGACGGAAGCUCUCUUGGCACACGAAAUUGACGGUGCUCUAGUGGAUAACUACGUCCUCACCCAUUCGUUGAACCUGAUUCAAAAAGAACCAAUCAGAAUCGAGAGGUACAUCGAUCACUCAAUCACCUAUGGAGUGGUGUUACCUAAGAAUUCUUCAAGGUUUGAGAAAUGUGUUCGAAGCUUCCUACAGAAUCACCCACAGGAGAUAUUUGAAAUCAUUGCAGAUAAUUUGGUGCCACUCAAGAAUCCGACUGAUGACGAAAACCAGCAGCUUAAAGCUGCAGAAGGUUUGUUUUAUCAAGAAGAUGUCUUUUCUCUCGUCAUGUACAUCGGACUUGGUGUCGCCGCUGUGUUCUUUAUUGCUGGCUUCUCUUGGGAAUUCUUGUAUCGCAGACCGAAAAUAAGAAAUCAGCGUAUGCAGUUUGCUCCUAAGGGUUCUUACUCAGUCAGCGAGGACGAAGUUAAACUUCACCCUCGCGACAACUCUAAACAUGCCACCUUGGAUAUGAUGAUAACCGAAUACCAAGUGUUUCAUGACCGCUUAAUUGAAGGAUUGAAGAAGCUUCGCGAUAAAGAAUUAGCCGCUGAUCGAAAUGCCAACGGUCGCACUCCCAACGGAGAUGAUGAAAAAGUCGCUGUGUAAAACCGUACUGCUUUAACCCCUAAACUCCCAGAACCUACCAAGUAAUUUUCUCCAAGGCCCCAUUACAUUUCUUUGUGGAUCAGUUUGGUGAAUUUCAUUUUAUACCAAGAUUGCACCCUCCAGCUGAUGGUUUUGUGUCUUCUCAUUACCUAUGGGCUGGAUGAUGUACGUAAAAUUGUGAGGGGAAGCUACUUGUCGAUCUCUUUUGGAGUUAAGAGGGUAAUUUAUCUUUUUUAGAGGUGAUGUUUGUGUUCUUCCUCGAUCCUGUUUCAAAUUAAGAUGACUAAUUUGACCACUUUAUUUAAAUCUUUACGUUACAAUAUGCACAACCUUUAGUUGUAGUAACAAUUAAUCCGAAUUGUAGGAAUUGGAAAAUUUACUGUGGCAGAUGAUUUAAUUUUUGCAUAGGGUUAAAGUAUAAUAAUUAGCAUGAAGUAUUGUUUUUUAGGUGAAACCUUAAGUUUGAACUUAAAAAGAAAAAGUUGAAGAAAAGGUUCAAGUCAAUACGAACAUUUUGAUUUACCUUAUGUGGGUUAUCGGUUUUGAAAAGGAACCACACACGCCCAAACAAGUAUGUAUUAAAACCUCCCAUCCCCUUUACCUGACUAACCUGUGUGGGGUGUAGGAUCUUAUUGAAAGCUGAAAGGAGGGCAGUUAGGUGCUCUAAUAACACUCUUUGCAUCUGCGUUAAUCUGUACAGUUUUCGCUGUCCCAGUAAAAUAAUUAUGAAAGCGUGUUCCUGAAACGUUGUUUCAUAAAUGUGCUGUCCAUGAUAACUCGAAGUUAUCAAUAUUUAAAGGGUCAGCCGCAUUCAAUGAAGGCUGUACUUUUCGAUUAAGCUGUAUGUAAUCAAAACUUAAGUAAUUACAAGGGACACUUGGAACUUGGAUUAAAUCUCAGAGUCUCGUUGUAUAACCUGUAUGACCAAUAGGACCGAAGGGUUCAGGACUUAGUUCAAGAAUGUUUCCGCAGCACAAUCGAAGUGUUAUUUCUUCUAUUAAAGGAUUUUUUUAAUGCUCCUGCGAAGGGCAUGUACAUAACACCAAGUAACAUUGAAUACCUAUUUAAAAAUUGUUUAAAGUUAGAGUUAGGUCUCGUUUCAAGGUUAUUCAAUAAAAAUUUUUUUUUUCUUGUUUUUGUAAGCGAA